UAUUGACGAAUGUAGUACAUAUAUGUAUAUAAAUAUGUAUGUGUGUGUAUACACACUCAUUAAAUACAAUUUUUCGACGAGUUUCGGAACUUAUAUUAUGACUCUUACACAUUGCUACACAUGUGACAAGCGGUACAUGUACACACUGCACACACAAUCAGAGAAUAAUACAAUCUGCGUCUAACCUCUAAAAGCCAUCAUUUGACGCUACUGACACAACUGGAUUAUUGUUAAAUAUUGGUGGCUGGAAUAAGUUAAUUAAGAGUAACGACAGUUACAAAUAUGCACCUAAAAUCGUCAAAAAGGAACAUUGUAGUCUAUCAGCUAGACUCAAUUUUAUACAAAUGUCUUUCGAUCAUGACGAAGAAUGCCUGAUUGCGGUAGAUACUAAAGGAUAUUUACAUUACAUCGAGUUGCUUGGGGAUGUUCCGAUAUACAAAAUACUGUGCAAAAUCGGACGACCUACCCUUCUGGCAUUUAAUCCUGUAUGUACAGAGGAGAUACUGAUAGGACUCGAAAGUGGUGACAUAAAGAUUUGGAAGCUUCAUACGGACGUCAAUGAGUUUUCUUUAUUAUCCGGUCACAAAUUGGCACCGACACACGUUUCCUUUUAUAAAAAUUAUUGUCUAACGAGUUCUCGAAAUGAGGUAAUAAUAUGGGAUCUGAGAUCUUACAAUAAAGCUCAUCAGUUAAAAGUUAGGAUACAGAACGCUGUCAAGAAAGCUGCCUUCUCAAAUGUGGGUCACAUCGUCGUGCUAUAUCACAAUGACACUAUGCAGACUUGGACGUUACGACAGUUGCAUAAGGAUACCAAAAUCGAUGCAAAGAUAUUCGGUAUACGUUACAUCAAAGAUUUUAUCUUCACAAGAGAUGGAAGAGCUAUGAUAAUGGGCGGUACGAGAAACAUAAGCAUUCUUAAUACAUACGAUUGGAGUUUAUUAAGAAAACUAUGUUUGCCUAAUAAUUUUGUUGAGGCAAAACAAUUAGCUGUCGUUCCAUGUCCAUUAGACGGUGGAGCAAAUAAAAUCCUUGCAUUUCUAUCCGCGAAAUGUACUCUUCAAUUUUGUGAUAUAAAUGCAUUAACUUUUCUUGAGACAGCUGUCCCUAUCGACAGAAUUAAGAAAUUUGCAAUGUCACCCACUGGUAGAUAUAUAGCGUAUAUAGAUCAGGAAGGAUGUUUAAACAUAAUGCACACGGACAAAGUAAUUUCGAAAAAAUGUUUUCAAUUUAACAGAUUGUUAAAACCAUAUAGAGUACAUGCGCACAAAGUAAAUGAUCAUUUGGAGUACGUUAGACGAAGCAUGAAGCAGGAAUUAAAAAUGGAACGACUAAUGCCUAUUUUGAAAGAAUUCGGAGAGUAUCCAGAGAAAUAUCGUACAUUAAUUUGGUCCACUAUUUUAAAAUUACCAGCUAAUAAAAACGCUUAUGUUGCCUUGGCAAGUAAGGUAACGCGUGGGAGAUUUGCAUUGAAUACCUUAAGAAAUCUUCCCUUGGCAGACAAAAGCAAAGCAUCGCUGUUGGCCAUGACGACAGAUUGCUUGCUGCAAUGGUGUCCUCUGCUAAUACAGAGUCCGUUUCUUCCCAACUUAAUUUUUCCAUUUCUCAUGGUAUUUCAGAAAGACCCCUUACUUGCCUUUGAGUUGAUUUUAAGUAUACUACUAAACUAUUGCCAAAAGUGGUUUGAAUAUCAUCCUUUGCCACCAUUGAAUAUUUUGGGGAUUAUUGAGAAUAUUCUCCUGGAAGCUGAUCCUACAUUAUUGAACGUCUUUUGCGAACAUGGAAUUACAAGUAGCGAAUAUGCAUGGCCGUUACUUCAAACUACAAUGAGCGAAGUACUGUCGGGAGACGAGUGGCUGAUUUUGUGGGAUCAUUUGAUAUCUUUUCAAAAACCUUAUCUGCUACUGAUGUGUGUCGUUGCGUAUAAUAUUUUUUCGAGAGAAAAUAUUAUCUCUUUAAUAAAGUCAUCGGGAGAUAUCAAAGUGUUUUAUAACACUCAAAGUCAUGUCAGAGCCAAGGAUUUGUUAAAGAUUGCGAGGAAGCUAGAUCAGGAGAUACCAAAACGAAUGCAUCCUAAUUGUUAUCUAAGGGAUAAACUAUUGCAAUUAAAUCAUAGUGGACCUUAUAUUUGGUUUAUAUCAAAAGAAUAUCCAAAAUUUCUUACUGAAAAUCUCAGCAUUGCAGAUUUGAGACAAUUAAAAAUGCAAGAGCAAAGUUUGCAAGAAUAUAAUUGUAAGGUUGCAGAUUUUGAAAAGAGAAGAUUACAUGCAGAGACUGAGGCUUUUGCAAAGCAAAUUCAUGAAACAAGAAUAAAUGAGGUACAAAAAUGCUUUCAAGAACAUGUUAAUAAUUUAAAUUGGAAAUGGCACAGCUUACUACCAAAUACAGAAAAAGAAAAGUUCUGUUAUCAUUUGUAUAAAGAUUCUGAUUCACUAUCUGGAAGGAAACAAGAAUGUAAUAAAUGCAAGCUUGUGGAAGAUAUAAUUUCGAAUUAUGAAGCUGCUGAUUCAAAAAAUUAUAAAAAAUUGCAACAAGAUGUAACAAUGCUCGAGUAUGAAGUGCAAAGUUUCUUGGAUUUACUGAGAUUUCAUAGAUCAAAGACGGAUAUUAAUUAGUAGAAUAUACUUUUGUAAUGUAAAAGCAACUAAGUUUAUAAGCGAAAUAAUAUAUUUUAAUAUAAUUAUCGCACAAUAGAAAUAAUAUAUUUUAAUUUGUCGUUU